UUCUAUCCCAAAUACCAUCAUGUCUCAAACGUCUGCAUUCGUCAAGAAGUUGGCCUCCAACGAGAAGCCUACUAGAGAGGCCGCCUUGGAGUCCUUGAAGAGGUACCUCACCUCAAAGUCCUCGAAAAAACUUUCCCUUUUGGACAUGGAAAAGUUGUGGAAAGGUUUAUACUACUCCAUGUGGUUCUGUGACAGAUCCAAGGCUCAAGAAAGAUUGGCCGAGGGCUUGGGGCAGCUUUACUCUGGCGUGGUCUCGGUGGACCAAUUUGCAUUAUUUUUGGAGGCCUUCUGCGCUGUCAUCAUCAAGGAAUGGCCUGCGAUCGAUCAGUGGAGAAUAGACAAAUACUACCUUUUGAUAAGAAGAGUAUUAAGACACAGUUUCAAGUUCAUCAAACAAAACAACUGGGGAGUGGCCACCAAGAAGAAGGUUUUGGACCAGUUUGUUUCUGUUUUGAACAAGACCAUAUUGAGCGGAGAUAUGUCCGUUCCUGCAGCUCUCCCAUACCAUUUCUGUGACGUGUACCUUGAUGAGUUGGAGAUUGUGAUGUUUGAAGAGCUCAGCCAAUUACAGUCGGAAAUCGAUGAUCUCGACGCUAGUGACAAGAACUACGACUCCAAAAUUGAGGAGUUGGUGACCAGAAAGAGAGAAAUUGCCGAGGACGUUCCUAUUUCGGAGUUGACAGCACCAUUCGCCAGAUUGGCCAAGGAGGCCCGUACAAAGACUUUGAGAGAUAUGUGCAAGAAGGAAGUCUUGGCUGAUUCUAGAUUGAAGACAUGGGGAGUGGUAGAGCAAGAUGAGCAAGACGAAAAAGAUGGUGAUGAGAACGAGGAGGAAGCUGGCGAAGACAGUGACGAAGAGUGGACCGGAUUCUAAUUAGAUAGCAUAAUGUACAAUACUUAGAGGAAGAUGUAGC